CCAUAUUCUCUCUCCAAUUAGACGCAACUCCUUCCUGCUAUCUCACUCAAGAGACGCCUAGGACAUGGAAGCACCAGUGACAAGUGAUUGUUACUUUAGGGAUCAGAUUUUGCUCAUUGUUGGAUCGAACCUAUAGAUAAUGGACAAUUAUUGAAGGCUUUUUCAAAAGAGACCGAAUCUAUUCCCUUCUCAAGUUGAAUUGGGGGCGAGAUCUUGGAGAAUCACUGGGCAGUCACUGGCCUAGGGUUUCAAACCUUACGCUCUGACGUAGAUGGAGAUCUUGCCGCACAUCGGUUCCGUGUUAAUUAGAAACCCCAAUUCUCUCCCACCUCCCCCCCCAUUUCAUUUCAGUUGCAGUUGCAGCAAGUAGAAGAGGGUAUACAGAUUUUGAGAACGGCUACAGGAAAUAGAUUCUCUAAUUAAGCUUAGCUAGCAGAAAAAAAAUAGAUUUUGACACUUCUCUCCCUUUUUAUUCUCGGCUGCUCAGACCUCAACGGAUAAUAGAGAAGGACGGCGGCACGGUAGAUGGAGAAUUUUGGGCCCCAAAUUGGUCACGGUUGGAGACAGGAGACUCGGAAACGGCUAAAGGGCUCCAGGGAGACACGAUCACCCGACCAUGGACAAAUUGGUGGGCAGCCAUUAAUGGCGAGCACGGAUGUUGAAUGCACUGUACAUACAAGAGCCAACCCGAACUCUCCCACAUCCACCUUUAACAGUGCCAGAAGGUUUUGGAAUAAGGUUGAAGACACCACGGAUACUGGAACCAGCUAGGAGGGCUCCAGCGAGACAUGAAGAUGGACAAAUCACAGGUUUUAGACUGCGACAAAUAUUGAAAGAUUAUUGAAACUUUUGCGACCACAACAAUAAGCUUCAAGAAUGCAUGCCUAUCAAAGACAAACAUGACCCAUAUUCAUGUGCAUGUAUCUUCUUUGAUGCACCAUUGAGCCUUGAUAUGGAGGAUGGCUGAUAAGUCUUUUUCGUACUUAUAAUUUUACUCAUAUUUAAAUAUCAUAAGAAAUAUUGCUACAAUGAAUCAUCUAAUGCCUUAUUAUCACUAUAUACUAAUUAGUUUGCCUCGAGUCUAAAUAAUGUCUUCAUCUUUUAAGGGUCCAAUUUAAGUUUUAGCACAGGGCAUUCAUAAUCAUUGGACCGACCCUCAGGCCAUCACUUCAUCAUAGAUCGCCGGGCAAACUUCAUUGUAGUUGUAUUUUUCACUUUGUUGUUUAAAAUGAUUUCUUUGACUUCAUAUGAGUAUUUACUUUUCUAAUUGAAAAAAGAAAAUCUUGCUGAAGAUUUAGUAUCCAUUGGUGACGCCUCUUUUUUUAUUGAUCUCAGGGCAUCAAUUAAGCACUCUAAAGCCCCUACUGCUAAUCCACUCAGAACCAGCAAGUUGCCCAUAUUUAUUACAGUACGUAUUAAUCAAGUAU